AUGUUACAAAAGAAAGUGCAAUCAGUUUGGACAGCUAAGUCGUGGCUUUUGGAGAGCACUGUGAGAUGCUCGCUGGAACAAUCGAUCGACCGACGCACUACAAUUUGCGUAGUGCAACUGGCAGCUCCUCCGGCAAUUUAUGUCCGUCGCCUUCGCCUGCCGUUACUCGGUAAACGCUACUGGAAUAUCAUGUUGCCUGUGGUUGAGUUCCCAGUU